GGGGGGGGGGAUUGGAAAAUAAUGUCAAUAUAGAUAAUUACUGACAAGUAUGUAAUGACACAGACAUUCAUUGAUUAAAUAAAAUAUUUAAAAUUCACUCAGUGGAGUUGCUUUGUUAUUUUGUUGUCAACCAUUAAAAUAUAUGGACAGGUAAAGGUCGAAAAAGUAUGACUUAGUAUGAUUUAGUUUGCUGUUUUUACCCUUUUUUUCCCAAACAUUAAUCUUGUGGAUCGUCAUUGUGUUCUUUUAGAAAUGACAGUAAUACGAAAAAGAUGCUAACAGGCAUGAAAACCUCAAAGUAGGUCAAGAUGCAGACAGAAAAUCCCAGGACCCAGCGCUGACUUCUUCCUGUUACAACAUCUCGCGAGACCAGCCUUUUGUCACGGCUGAGAAAAUGGCAGGGAGUGCGUUGCUAGCUACAAAAGCAGAGAGAGCUCAGCCAUAACUGAAUGUAAUUUGUUAAUACUUCAAAGGUACUGUUGGCGUUUUUCUUCACAUUGUCUGUAGACAUGUUUUUAACAAAUAAGGACGGUUCUAUAUUCUCAGGUAUCAUUAUUUCCUCAGCGUACUGCGUUUGUUCCUGGCUAAUGUAGCGGCUAAAGUGUUAGCAGGAAUCAAUGUCGACUGCGCUCACCAAACAAACAAACACUCGUCUUCCCCUGCUACAGAAUAACUCAUGCGUGUCCAACAGGGUGUGCUAGUCGGUUUCAGUCGGUUGACAUGUGAUACCAAAACCAGUAAAGUCUCUUGUCUGUGACGCUGUUGAGUUAUGGUGCGUCGUUAAUCCUUCGUUCCAGGUGUUACAUGGUCAACAUGUAAUCUGGACCACAGGGUUAGCGGUGGUAGCGUUGCGCAUAAUAGACGUGAAUACUGCGAUGAUAACAUUUAAUAAAGAACUAUGACAUAACAUUUCACAUAUAUAUACAAUUAUUGUGUAAAACUUUAAAAAAUUUUGCUCGACAUUGAGUGUGGAGGUCAAUUUUUAGUUACCAUCGCUCAUUUGUUGUCUCAAACUUUUUAUCCAAGGAACGAAUGAAGCCCAAUAAAUGUAAAUAGUGACUUGUGAAAAUCCAAUUCUUUAACUUUUUUCAUAUCAGUCAUGGUUAUUUUUUAUUUAAUUUUUUGAAGCCUAAAAACAAAAUGCACUUUAGGUUAAAGAGGUUCCUGGCAGCUUGGUGUGGUAUUUAAAUGACCGACCAGCUGAAGUUUUUCUAUGGUGCUGUACACAACAGUAGUGUCACAACAGUCAUUUUGUAAAACAUCCACCACCCAUGUCAAAAUUAUACACCUACAUCCUUAAAUAAUUAUUUGUACCACAAGAAAUAUUUUAGUUUUAUCACUAUAAUAGCCAUUUUGAGUGACUGGGCUAACUAAGCUAAUUUUGCGUUUUAAAAUAGUUUGACUUCUGAUGAGUAGAAAUGGGAAAACUUACAAAUUUUGAGUACACACUAACAAACUGGUGUCAGUAGAGUUUUGAGUGACGACUGAAAGUCUUAAUGAUUGUGUCUGAUGAGGGAUCAGAGAUGUCAUUUAUUAGCAAAGACAACUGAACACUAACUAUUUAAAGGGGGAUAAUCAGCUCAAACUACACAAUGAAUUCGUGGUCAGAUAAACUGCAGUUACAUGUUUUUUUCCACACAGUUCAAGAUUUGUGUAUCUAAACCAAACACAAUAAUAAAUGAAUAGAUUAUCAUGGCGACUAGUUGUGCCACAUCAGUUCCAAACUGUCAAAGAUCUCGGCUUUGAAGUCCUUACACUUGCUUUUACAAAAUAAAAUAAAAGUGGAUUCAGCUUCAGUGAAACUAAGGCGGUCUACUACCUACCGGCUUACUACCUACCUUUGAUUCCUUUUAAUUCCUAAAAGACACGAUAGACACUGAAGGGUUAGGCCAAGAGAAAAAUAAGAUUGGAAUUAAAAACAGAAAGCGAUUGGAGGUUAGAGAAGAGAAAAACUCAAGAAGAGGCAAUAAUGUAACAAGAUGGCUGCCAACUGCCAUUACACCCACCAGAAGAACGGCCUCAUUCUCCACUGUGCUUGUCUGCACUAUUAAUGCUCAUGGACCCAAUGGAAAACAUUGAGACAGAUGAAGAUAAUUCAGAGGGACAGCAGAGCCAGACGGAGGGGGCUGAGUUGAACCUGAGGCCUACCCUGUCGCAGGUCAAAAAGUCCUGGGGCUUCAGACGGACGACAAUAGCCAGGAGACAGUUCAGGGAAGAAGUAGGAAACCUACAACACACCACUCCUCGAAGAGGGAGAAGUCAGCGAACUACGGAGGCAAAGCAGUCCACCCCAGAGAUGCAAGAUGCUCUGUCAGAGACAGGCACGUCCAAAAGUUAUCUAGGUGACCUUGAGUGGUCCGCACCCUCCUCCCCUGCUUCAGAGGAGAGCAAAGAAGCUUCAGAAGCUUCUGGAAGCGGCCUGGACCCCAGCCUGUGGCAGGAUUAUGGGUCCGCUUUCCACACAGCCUUCUCGCUGCUCUGCGGGAACGAGUCCGUCAACACGUCAGACGUGCCAACGCCGCCUGACCUUUUAGCUGCUCCUGAUCUCGCUGACCUUCCACCUGCACAGACUGCUGAUGAAACUGAGGAGCCUGAUGCCGUCGAAGCUGUGGACGAUGUGAAACAUGUGCCACCGCUGUCUUCAGGCAACGUUGCGGGAGAAGUUAAUGAUGUGGUUUUGAUCUCUAGUCAAGACGACGACAGCGAUGACAUGACUCUGAUCCAACUGAAGGAGAAGAUUGCAUCAGAAAGCCUUCAAGAAAAUCUGUCAAAAGACCAGGGCGGGAAAGGUGUAAGAGGACGACCCAAAGGACGGGGCAGAGGUAGAGGACGGGGUAGGGCGAAAGGGAGGGGCAGAGGCAGAGGACGGGGCAGGCCGCCAAAGUUCCAGACUAGCAUCGCAGACGAGGUGGACGGCGAUGACGAGGUGAUGUUUGUUAAUUCAUCUCAGGGAUCAGAAGUGAUGUCAGAGAAGGAGGGUCAUCAACAGGACCUCACUGAGGUAGAGGUCUCUUCUGCCCACUCAGAUACCACUCUGAGUCCUGCAGAGGACUCCAACACAGACUGCAUCAUCAUAGACACUGGUUCAGACCCGCUCACUGACGACGGGUCUGGUCAGUUUGAUGAUGCUGUCCAGAAGGAUGAAGAUGUUGUGAACGUAGGAACACGUGUAGACACGGUGAACACUGAGGGUUACGACGCCACCACUUUGUGCUGCGUCUGCCGACAAAACCACUCUUACGGGUUCCUUUUAUGCUGUGACACUUGCCAGAAGUGGUCUCAUGGCAGCUGUGUGGCAGUCAGUGAGACUCAGAGACGGGAAAUGAAGGAGAGAGGGCGCAAGUACACCCUGUCUAAUUUUGAUGCCUGUGUAUUUGCAUGGCAGGAUCAGAGGUCACUCAGGGUGUCUAAAAGGUUAGCAGAAAAGGCAAAGGAAAGUGGUGAAGAGGGCGGAGACAAACAGAAAGAUGUUGGAGACACACAGGAGGCUGCCACCGUCCCAGUCUGCGACCCCAGUCUCUCAGACGUUCAGACCACUUCCAUACCAUCACCCCAGUUUUGCACAGUGUCAGCUAAAAGUGACACUAAACAGCCAGAGGGCGCCACUGUGACCGCACCACCGACCCAGUCUUUGGGAGACAACUCUACAAAUGCAGCUCCAGAUCUUCAUUCUGUCGCUGAGGUGGCCACGCCCCCCAGAGACCCCCGAGAAAAACAAGAUGCGGCUGUAAACGCAGCUUUGUCCGGGAAACAACAACCGACUGAGUCACAACCCGCCGCGGUGUCCACCGCUCCAGAACAACCUGGGACCUCCUCACCUUCUCCGUCAGCCUCCGCCUCAGUGGCCAGGCUCCACGAUACAGGAGCCCUGGUGGUCACUAAAACCUCGUACGUCAUUCCUAAGAAGCAGACGGGGCUGCAGCCCCCGGCUGCGUCAUCCUCAGGCCCAGCACUGCUGACUGAAACCCGUAACCUGCUGGUGCCUCCUGCCCCCAGUGCCCCCUCGUCCAGACCCUCGCAGCCCAACAACCAGAUCAGACAGAGCAUCCAGCGGUCGCUCGUCUCCAUCCUCUCCAAAAGGGUUUCUGAAAGUGAAGAUCUGGAAAUGUCCGAGAGUGACGCAGCGAAGCUUGUGGCCAACAUUGAGAUGGAGAUGUUUGACGUGUUUCGCACCACGGACAGUAAAUACAUGAACAAGUACAGGACUAUAAUGUUCAACCUGAAAGACCCCAAAAAUAAGGGCUUGCUGUAUCGGGUUGUACAUGGGGAGAUCGGUCCCUUCAGACUGGUCAGGAUGAGCCAGAAGGACAUGCAGGCGACCACAGCACCAGAACCCAGUCCCAAAGAAACACCCGAGGUCAAGGAUCCGUUCACUAAGUCGACAGGUUCACUGCAGAAGCCUGAGGCAGUGAAGGUGGACCUGCCCAGUUUGAAUCCCAGACCAGAGCGACCACGGCCCAGUAAAAGACCUGAGAGUUCGGCGUGUCCACCUCAGGCUUCACUGGAAACCAAGAAAAGUUUUUCAGCUGCUGCUGUGAAGACCAGAACCAACCAGCCCAACUUUGGGUCUUCUGCGCCGGACAUUCUCACCUGCAUGCUCAAGGACACAACGUCAGAGCACAAAACUCACCUCUUUGAUCUGAAAUGCAGAAUAUGCACAGGCCAAGUUCUUGCCGAGGAACCAGUGGAACCUGUGACCAAAAAACCCAGGUUUUCUGAAACGGAAAAACGUGAAACUUCUUGGAGAAAAUAUGAUAGGAGGGGAGAUGACUCCCCUUUGUUGGCCCCACCCGACUCACCCGACAGUGAUUCUCCAACGGCAUUGACUAUAGUAGAAUCCCCUUCCUCUCCCUUAAGAGAUUCUCCAGCCUCCCCCAUUUUAGAGUCUCCUGCUUCUCCAGUCUUGGAGUCUCCCGCUUCCCCAACUUCCGACAUUCCCAAGGCUACGACACAGUCCAGACCGUAUACACCCGUGGUGAUUCCAGCUGUCUCCACCGUGACCAUCACAAGGCGCGACCCCCGCACUGCAGCGAGGUUCUUCACUCUGGAUAACAGCUCUACUGCCCCAAGUGGUACAGCCCAUAACCAGUCUGGUUCUUAUACAUCUCACAAAGACAACAGCGCCUCCUCAGUGUUUGCAUCAAAACCCUCACCACUACCCCCAAAACCCUUACCCAAAUCCAUCUUAAUGAAGCCGUCGUCCUCAUCAGACCCAAGACUGUACAGGGCGGCGUCAAGGAGCGUGACUUCUGAGGGUGAAGCAGACACGGCACAGUUCCUGUCCAAACAGGAGACACUGUGGAAAGGCUUUGUUAACAUGCUUAACGUAGCUAGGUUUGUCACAAAAGGAUAUCUGGUUUCUGGAUCUGCUGAACUUAUAAAAAGGGACCUUCCUGAAACGCUACAGGUUGGCGGGCGGAUCCUGCCACACACGGUGUGGGAGUAUGUUGCAAAACUAAAGACAUCUGUCACGAAGGAAUUAUGUGUCAUCCGGUUUCACCCUGCAACAGAGGAGGAAGAAGUGGCCUAUGUUUCCCUGUUCUCUUAUUUCAGCAGCAGAGGUCGUUUCGGUGUAGUUUCCCACACCAGCCACUCCAUCAAGGAUGUGUACCUCGUACCACUGAGUUCAACGGAAUCAAUUCCACCUCUACUGCAGCCUUUUGAAGGGCCGGGACUUGAAAAGAAUCGACCUAAUCUUCUCCUGGGUCUGGCAGUUGUCCAGAAGGUGAAACGAUCAGUAACGGCGCCUCAGGAUUUUAAAGAAAAGAGACCAAAAGACCCAAUGUGGAUACCAAAGCCUCCAGUCCUAUAUGGUUCAGACAAACUGGAGAUAUUCCAACCCUGUGACUCAGGGACUCCUUCUAGUUCCAACCCUUCUGGUUCACUACCGUCGCAUUCAUUCUCUUCAGUCUCAGGAACAGAAUCAUCUGCUGUGGCGCCACCUCAAGGUUGUUCCAGAGCUGCAGUUGUUGCCUCUUCUUCUACCAAUUCUGACAAGAAUCUAACAUCAGCAUCUAGUAAUAAAACUCCACAACGGAGUCUCUCCUUAUUUCACAAUAAGCCAACUGACUCUGCUGUCACUUGUGAAGAAAGCUCAACAUCAACAGCGAGUGCCAAAAACACCCCCGUGCUUUCUCAAGUGGACCCCAUUGUACAACAGUUUGGGCACAAAUCUAAAGGGAAAAACAUUGAAAAAGACAGAAAUGAUUUUGAGCGUCCUUACGACCCAGAGGAGGAGUACAAUCCCACCAUGGGAUACAAAACAGACGUCACACAGAACACAAAGGCGGUCAUUCCGUCUUUGUCUGACUGUGUGGAGGACGAUGUAGCCUAUGAUCCAGAAGAUGAAACUAUCUUCCAAGAUAUUCAAAGUAAUACCCAUGAAACAAAGACUACCAUUGCACCAACAGGUUCUACGCCAGGCACACCACCAGUUCCCACCCAGGCUGCAACACCAACCACUUCUGUUAAUUCAGUUCCCACUACCUCAGCCCCUGCAGCUGCAGUCCUCCCAAACCUACCUUCAGGUACUGUUGUCGUCUCAGCCGCGACGCUGUCUGAGCAACAGCGCAUGCUGGACGAGCUCAAUAAGCAAAUUGAAGAGCAAAAACGACAGUUGAAGGAACAGGAAGAGGCACUGCGGCAGCAGAGAGAAGCUGUGGGUAUAUUCAUGGCUCAACUUUCAUCAAACUCCUUGUAUGUCAGUCCAUCACCGAGUGGAAUGGUGCAAACUGAAAGCAGGACUCCAGAAUCCCCAGAAAACUCUAGUAAUCUUACAGAGACUGAGGAAAAGACAACUGAUAAUAAACAAACUGUCGAGGUCGAGGAUACUACUGCUGAUGUCACAGAUACCACCGAGAAACCACUUGAAACUCAGGAAAAUGUCGAGGCCCAUGGAAAGGAGUCUUCAGCUGGAGAAAUCGAAGAUUCUGACGUAGCAUACGACCCUGAGGAUGAAUCUCUUUUCAACCUGAUUCAAGAAGAUGUGUUUCAAGGACUCAGCUCAAAGUCGCACGAUUCGACCGGACAAAACUCUAGCCACAAGAGUGCCACACCAAAUUCAAACCGCAGCAGAAAACGAAAAUCAUCGCCAAAGAGGCACAGUCAUCGUGAAAGGGACAGUCACAGGAGUCCAUCGAAGAAGUCACGACGCCGAUCUCCUUCACAUCCCCACAGACAUAGAGAAAGAGAUAGACAUAAAAGAAAUGAUAAGGAAAGGUCAAGACACAGCUCACGAAACCGAUCCGAGCGCCAGGGCCGUCACCAUAAGGCACAAAGUACACACAGACAUCUUCAUGGCCACAAAAGAUCUUCAUCAUCGCCUACAAAAAGAUAUUCAAGGUCUUAUUCUCCCAAACGGCACCAAGAAGUUUCUCCUGAAGUUCCUGAAAGAUCAGAACAUGAACCUGUCCCAGGUAAUGUCCCAGACAGUGUUGGACAAAUGGUAUUGACUAAUGUAUCUGUAUCCACCUCAGCUGCUAUUAAGCCUGAACCUGAUGGGCAUCUACAAAGUAGUUCUGAGAGUUUGGAGAAAGACAUUUCUACAAAUUUAACUGAAGUUCAAAGUGUAAAAAUUGAGGUUUCUGAACAGAAUUUUGAUUCUUUAAAGAAUUCAGACAGUUGUUUUUCGGCACAGGUAGACAACCCCACACGGCAGGAAAUUAUGUUAAUUGAUAAACUUGACAGUGCAAUUCCUCUUAGAGAAAUUGACCCACCACUUCGAGAUUCUCCUGAAAGCCCUGACCCAGAACCACAAUUCUUGAAAGUUUCGGGCACAGAAGAAGUAGACUGUAAAACUGAGGAAUUUGAUGAUUGUGAGACGCAUCCCAGUCCGUUUCUGCAAAAUGUCAAGGUUGAAAACAGUUUUGUUCCCAUUUCUGGUCAAAAUCAACCACCAUUAUGCAAUAAUGAUGAAAAAGAUCUGAAUAGCGUUAACGAACAGUUGAAGAGAGAGUGCUCUGAGUUCUUUAAGCAGAACACAGCAACAGAUGUGAAAGAACUUAGUGAUUUUGGCCAGCAGAUGCAGCCUAAAGAAACAAGUCCUGGUAUACCAGACACAAGCCCCAGACUGAAGGGUGAUGGACUGAACAUUCUGAGUUCCCAAGUAGAUAACAUGGUGCAAGAAAAAGAAGGUUCUAGAACACAGGAUGGGACUGUAUUGCCCAGUAAAAGGCUUACAUCAUCUUGUACUAAUUCAGAUCUGGAGGGAACUUCAACAGACAGAUGUGGACUUGACACAAAUAGUCUGCAGUCAAUGGACCCUUUAUUAGCCGUUGAUCAUCCAAGGAGGCCAGAGAUGAGAGUACGGGCUUUGGACGUUAAAGGAGAAGAUAAAACCCUAAUAGAUAGAAGUGGGAGUCCACAGACUGAUAGCACAAGUUCCACCGUACUGGUUGUAGAAACAGACCAGAGUCCAAGAAGUAGAGCUAAGGGUCAACGUUUCAGGGGGUCAGGAAAGGUUCAGAAGGAAGGAUUUCAACCAAAUGAACAAAAUGCUAACUCAGUGACCCAACAUUAUGGAACUCCGAGUCCAUAUGAUCAAAAAAUGGUGGGUUUGCAUACAGAGAGUAAUACGAAUGAGUUGCAUACGAGGGAUCAAGUUUGGAGUGGCCCCGAAACAGUCUUAGAAGACAACUGGAGAGGGACUGCUAAGAAAGGUUUAAGAAGUCAUACCCAAGAGACUGACAGAGGAUCGGGGGCCUUUGAUUUCAUGUCUUUUGAAAGGAGAGAACCUAACAUAAAAGAAACUAUGCAUGUCACUAAAGAAUCAGGACGCCCAAAUUUAAAGGGAGCAGAAACUGAAAGGGAAGGCCCAAACAUGGGUCACUAUGGAGCGGGUGUUAUGGGGGGAGGUUCACAGUUCAACGAACUAGAUAUUAAGAGCCCACAUUUUGAAAGUGCAGUUCCACCUGAAAAAGGUUCAGGAUUUAACAGAAGAGGUCCAGAAGGGCCAUGUUUUAGGGGCCCAACACCCGAAAGGAGAAGUCCCUUCCUAGAUGGUCCAGGUCAUGCCAGAAGACAACCAGGAGGUCCAGAUUUCAGAGGACCACGGGUUGAUAGUGAAUAUUGCCCUUUGGAUGGUUUUGGUCCUGACAAGAGAAGUUCACAAGGUCAAGAUUUUAGAAAACCCGGACCUGAUAGGCAACGUCAUUAUUCAGGCAAUCCUGGGACUUUUAGGAGACAAUCUGAAGAGGGUUUCAGAGAACCAGCAGGUUCUUCCUUGGAGGGUCAUGGGGCUUACAAGAGGCAGCUUGGGGCUCGAGAGUUAGGAGAGAAAGGUCCGCCAAAUGUGGGUCCUGACAGUGAGGAAAUGGAACCAUGUAACCCAGACAGAGCUGAGAGCCAUUGUCCACCUAUGAAAAAACCGAGGAUUGAUAGAAGAGAUUCUGAAGGUCUGGAUUUUAGAGGACCAGGACCUGAAGGGAGAGAGCCUAAAUUCAGGGGGGGACAUUUCAGAAAACCAGGACCUCCUUGGGGAUGUCCUUCUAUGGUGGCUCCCGGGUCUAGCAGGAGAGAUCCAGAUGGUCCAGAUUUCAGAGGUCUAGAACCUAAAAUGAGAGGUCCUGGUGCUAACUAUCGAAGGCCCAUAGGUUUAGAUUUCCCAGAACCAGGGCCUGAGACACAAAUGCCACCAAUGGAAAAUUCUGAGACUGAAAUGACAGACAGUGAAGGUCCAGAUUCAGAAUGGAGAGGUCCUUCUGAUGAGGAUCCUUGUACUAACAGAAGAAGACUAAGAGGUCCAGUUUUCAAUAGGUCUGGAUAUGAGAGAAGAGAUCCAACAAUCGAUGGCCCAGGGGCUGACAUAAUAGACCAAAACCACCAAGAUUUGAGAGGUUCAGGACAUAAGUGGGUAGGUCCAGUUAAUGAUAAUCCUGUCACUUAUAGAAGAGGACCACCUGGUCCAGAUUUUAGAUCCUUCGGGCCUGAGAGGGGGGGUCCACCUAUGCACAGAAGACUUUCAGAUGAUUUCAGAAGGCGGGGAGCAGAAUGGAGAGUUGCUGUUGAUAGUCCUGAUGCUGAAAGAAGAGGACCCACUGGACCAGGUUACAGAGAUGUAGGACCUAACAAAAGAGGUCAUUUGCUGGAGGGUCCUGAAAUUGCAGAGUACAGAGGACCUGGUCACGAAAGGAACGAUCCUGCAAAUAAUGGUCCUAAUAUUAACAGGAGAGGACCACCUGGUCCAAAUCACAGAGGUCCAGGAGCAGAAUGGUUUGAUCAUGCUCAUGAAGAUCCUGAUAAUACCAGGAGAGAACCACCUGGUACAAAUUUCAGAGGUUUUGAAUAUGAGAGGCAAGGCCCAGUAUCUGAGGGGAGAGCUCCUGUAAUGCAAGGCCCACGCUUUGGUGGACAGAUACCUACAAGUCAGGAAUUUAUUGAAGGAGGACAUGAAGUGAGAGGCCCUAAUAGGGAAGGACCAAGUGGUUCAGAUUACAGAGGCCAAAGACCUGAAAAAUGUGGUCAUGCUAUGGAUGAUCCAGAGACUAACAGUAACGAUGUCAGGGUGCCGUGGUCUGAAAGCAGGGACCGGUUCAUGGAGGGUCCUGGGCCACAAAGAAGAGGACCAGGAAAUCAGUAUUUAAGAGGAGCAGCUGUCUGCCAUGGUCCAAGUAGAAGAGGAAUGAGAGGUCACAAUUUCACAGAGUCAAGAAGAAGUCCUUGUAUAGACAGCCAAGAUCCUGACAAACAAGAUCUCAAAGGUCCAGGUUUUCAUGGACACAACCCUGAAAAUGUAAUACCAGGAGGUUUAGAGUUAGGAGCACCUAGGUUAGAAAGGAGGAGUCCUCUCACUACUGGUGAAGGAAACAUGAGGAGAAGACUAGGUUAUACUUGUGGAUUAGGACGCUCUGGCCCUCACAUUCGUGGGAGGGCGAGACCCCAUUUCAGAGGUCGAGGGUCUGGACACAUGCUGGAUGCAGAAAAUAGCCCAUCGUUUUCAGAGGGCCCACAGUCAAGUGACCCAUGGCCAGAAAAGCAACCUCUGGAUUUCGACGGCUCAAUGUUUGAAAGGAGUGCUCCUCAUACAAGAAGAGUGGGGCCUCAAAAAGCUCCUAUGCCGGGUUAUGAAAAUGACCCUUCAAUUUCAGAUGUAAUAGGUCCAAACAUUAGAAGCCUACAGCAUGGUAUAAGUGAAUCAGCCGACCAAGGCUUUAUGGGACCUGAAACAGAAAUAAGGGACGUAAGAAGCCAUAGACCUGAUAUAGCAGUUGGACCUGAUUUCAGAGACUCUGGUCCACCAACUGAAGGUCAAAGACAUGAUAGAAGAAAUGACUGGGGUAUGGUUGGUUUUAGAGGGCAAGAAGCUGUUGAAGAAAACUUCAACGUAGGACCUGGUAGAAAAAUGUUGUUCAGGGGUAGAAGGCCCAUGAAGAGGAAUAGCCAAAGACGGGGAUCGAAUACAACCCAGCUGUCGCAGGAGGACGGAUGGGAAAACACAGAGAUAGUUGAAAAGCGUUCAGACCUAAAUAAACCCAGCUCAGAACUUAAUAAUGAAAGAUUAAUAAUGAAACAUUCUAGAUAUCGUUGGAACAAAUAUGACAACACUGUUGAAGUAGCAGGUUUAAGUGAGCAAGGCCAAAAAACACCAUUUGCUGGGCUAACACAGGACAAAAAUAGAACUGGUCCAAGACCUCUACAACACGGUUCAGAUGUUCAUCCAGAGCACGGGCCGAGGGAAGAACCUAGUAAUGAAUGGAGAGAGUCAAACAGAGGAGGUUUCAAGGAAAGACCAAGGGGUAGAGGUGCAUUUUUUAGGGGGACAAGGCGUCCACAUUAUGAAGACCAAGCCCAUGAACCUCAUAACCGUAGAUUUUGGGGACCCGAUCAGACAGAGGGUGAAGAAAUGGGUAGCGAUUGUCGGCAGUUGAGUCAAUUUAAAGGACGUGGGGCUCACAGGGUAGGUCCAUGUCAAGACAGGAGAGCAUGUGACAGUGAGGGUCCACAUACAAGAGACCCGGGAGAUGGCAGACAAAGAUUUGAUGAGUUCAGACAGAAAAUGACACACGGGCCUGGUAGGUUGGACAAAAACACUGGAUCUGGUAGAUAUGGUCCAGAAACAAUGUCAGACACACAAAACCAACCAUCAAAUCCGCAGAGACAAAGAACUGCCUUACUCCCGACUCCAACUGGUGUCACGCCUUUACAAAACUGUACAAUAGGCAAACCUGGUCCCAAACAACAACAAACGUGUUUACCUGGAAAUAGAACAUGGAGCAGGGACAGACCAUCCAAUCAGAAAAGACCAUUUAGUCUAGAGGAAAGAAAAGAACAGGAGACGAGUCCUGCUGGUAAAAGACAGACGUCAUUCCAAGCAAUUUCAGAUUCGGAAAAAAAUAAAACUGAUCACGGUAAUGGUGAUGAGCAGACGUGACUGGAACCUCCAGUAGUCGAUAUUAAACAAAUGUUUAGCUAAAUUAAAGGUAACAAAUGUCACACCGUCACCAAAGGAAACAGGAGAAACUACAGUAUUAAUCACAAUGUGGUUAAUGUCUAGCUUAAAUACAUUGACAAAUGAUAAGACAAAAUGAGCUGAUAGAAUCUUGAUGAUGUUAUUGGUCAAAGUUCAUCUGGUUUAUUGGUUAGUCAGCACACGUUUGAUUUGGAGUUAGUGCCUCUUCAACUAAGUCACCUGUAAAUUCAACUUAUUUAGAAUUUUUAUUUUAUUUUAUUUUAUUGUACCAUAGCAACGGUACCGUAACCUCGGUAUGAUGUUUAUGUUGUUUUGUUGAUAGAGGAUUCAUUUUCAAGUCAAUAAAAUGACUCAACUUUUUUUUCAAUAGA